AUGGCUUUCGACAACGUUUCCGAGAUGCAGGCCGCUCUGCCUUCCUCGGACAGUGGCCAGAAGGCUAUUCCUGUCGACGUCAACGGCGAGGAGUGGUCGAAGCCGCUCGAUUACAACUACGAUGAGCUCGCUCAGCAGGGCCCCAUCGAGUCUACUAACUGGGAGGGCAACGCCGCCAUCUACGAGUGGGACGAUGAGUAUGGCGAAGUUGGUCCUAAGCACGAGGAGCUUGAGUUCAUGCUCUUCGGUGACCCCAAGGACCGUCGCGACCACACUGGCCUGGACUUCACGGCCAUCUCUGAGGUCAAAGUCACUCAGCAGGGCGACAUCCACGUCAAGCACAUCGACUCUUACAAGGAUGCCGGUCUUCAUCCUGUUAUGCGUGAGAACAUCGAGCUGGCUGGGUACGAUGCCCCCACUCCGAUCCAGAAGUACACCAUUCCCGCCAUUCACAUGGGGCUUGAUGUUGUUGCUGUUGCGCAGACUGGAUCUGGCAAGACCGCUGCCUAUUUGAUUCCCAUCCUGAACAAGCUCAUGGGAAAGGCGAAGAAGUUGGCGGCUCCCCGUCCCAACCCUUCCAAGGUCCAGCUUGGUGAGCAGUCAGUCCGUGCAGAGCCUCUGGUUGUUGUCGUUUGCCCCACCCGUGAGCUGGCCAUCCAGAUCUUCAACGAGGCUCGCAAGUUCUGCUACCGAACCAUGCUUCGCCCUUGUGUCGCUUACGGCGGUGGACCUAUUCGCGACCAGAUUCAGCAGCUCGGAAAGGGCUGUGACAUUCUUAUCGCGUCUCCUGGUCGUCUCUGCGACUUCAUCCAGCGCCCGGAUGUUCUUUCUCUCAAGCGUCUGCGCUACAUGGUCUUCGACGAGGCCGACGAGAUGCUUCACGACGACUGGCGUGAGGAGUUCGACGUCAUCAUGACCGGUGGUGAGCAGCAAGAAGGCAACAUCAAGUACAUGCUCUUCUCCGCGACCUUCCCCAAGGCGCUUCGUGAUCUUGCCAAGGAGCACCUGGCUCUGUCCAGUGUUCGUAUCAAUGUCGGUCGCAUUGGCAGCACCCACACGAACAUCCUCCAGCGCGUCUUCGAGGUUGCGCCCUUCGACAAGAAGAGCAUGCUCAAGGAGCAGAUCAACUCCCUCGCUGCUUGCCGUACCAUCAUCUUCGUGAACAGCAAGCGCACUGCUGAUGAGUUGGAUGACUUCCUCUUCAACAUGGGCUUUCCCUGCACCUCUAUGCACAGCGACCGCACUCAGCUGGAGCGUGAGGCUUCCAUGCGCGCUUUCCGUGCCGGCAAGGCCCCUAUCCUCAUCGCCACUGGCAUCAGCGCCCGCGGCAUUGACGUGAAGAACGUGAAGCACGUCAUCAACUACGACCUGCCCAGCAUGGACCACGGCGGCAUUGAGGAGUACACUCACCGCAUCGGUCGCACCGGUCGCAUGGGCCAGCGUGGUGUCGCGACGUCUUUCUACACUGAGCGUGAUGAGCCCAUCGCCAGUGUCCUGGUUCGCACGCUGAUGGAGACUAAGCAGGAGGUUCCCGAGUUCCUCCAGCCCUUCAUGCCCACUGGCAAGGGCUUGGAGAAUCUCAAGUUUGAGACCGAGUCGGAUUUUGACCCUGAGGAGGCCGGCAUUGCCCACUUGGGCGGCAUGGGCGGCGGUGAGGACUGGGGCGGUGACGGAGGCGAUGGUGGCGACGGUGGUGACGCUGGAGGCUGGGGCGCUCCUUCUGGCGACGACGCUGGCAACAACGCUGGCAACGACACCAAUGAGCCUGUACAGGCCACCAACUGGGGCAACACUGGCGGCGGCGGCGGCGGUGGUGAUGCAUGGUAA